CUUGAGUCCAGAGGAAGCAGUCCGGCCCCAGUCUUAAUGUGGCGCCUGCGCAGUAUACACCUCAUCCUAUAAUGGCCGCUGGGCUUCGAAGCCGGGCUCAACCCGGAAGUGGUGCUGCUGUUGCUUCCAUUGAGCUCGGAGUCUGAGCGGGGCAGGAUGCUGAACGCGCCAUCUCAGGCUUUUCCGGCCCCUGGCUCCCAGCAGCGGGUGGCGCAGGCGGGGCGCAGCAAGGUACCUUUGAAACCAGGUCGAAGUCUUAUGGACUGGAUUCGGCUAACUAAAAGUGGGAAAGAUCUAACAGGUCUAAAAGGUAGAUUAAUAGAAGUGACUGAAGAAGAGCUUGCCAAACAUAAUAAGAAGGAUGACUGCUGGAUAUGUAUAAGAGGUCUUGUAUAUAAUGUCACCCCAUAUAUGGAGUAUCAUCCUGGUGGUGAAGAUGAGUUAAUGAAAGCAGCAGGAUCUGAUGGCACAGAUCUGUUUGAUCAGGUUCAUCGCUGGGUCAAUUAUGAGUCCAUGCUGAAAGAAUGCAUGGUUGGAAGAAUGGCUCUCAAACCCUUUGCUGUUCCUUUGAAAGAGAUUUGCUCCACUGUAUCUGAAGGAAGCGGGAUCUUCAAUGGUACCUUACCUAAAAAUAAAAGUUUGAAUAAUGGUUCAAAAGAAGUGGUUCCCAGUUAUGAUUGGUUCCAGACAGAUGAUUUGGUCACUGUGGUCAUAUACACUAAACAAAAGGAUAUGAAUUCUGAAUUAGUGAUAGCUGAUCUUCAGGAUAAUAAAUUGAGAGGGGAAAUCAUAGUGAAGGACUACUCAUACCUUUUUCAUGUUGAAUUGAGUCAUGCAGUUCAUGAGGAUAUCAUAGUACAGGUCUCUGAAAAAGUGGGAAAGGUGGACUGUGUCCUGAAGAAGAAAGAAACUGUGUCUUGGAAGACUCUUGGGCAGCCACUGGAGAAUCAUAACUCUUUUGUAAAGUGCAAAGACAGAGGUCUGUUCUACAGGAAAUGCAAAUUGCUAUCAAAAGCAAAUGUCACUCAUGAUACUAGGCUCUUCUGUUUAAUGUUACCACCAGGGAGUCAUCUCCAGGUCCCUGUUGGGCACCAUGUUUACCUCAAACAAACAAUUACAGGCACAGAGAUAGUGAAGCCAUAUACACCAGUGUCAUCUUCCUUGGUACCAACAUUCAAAAGUCCCUCUUACAGUGAUAACAUGCAUAUAUUUCUCAUGAUCAAGAUUUACUCCAGUGGACUGCUUACACCAGUACUUGACACUCUGCAAAUAGGGGAAUAUAUUUCUCUGAGUAAUCCUGAAGGUAACUUCACAACAUCACAAGUUGAAGAGGUAGAAGAACUAUUUUUAUUGGCAGGAGGCACAGGAUUCACACCAAUGGUUAAACUGCUAAACUAUGCUUUGACUAGUAGCAAUACUCUCAGGGUAGCAAAGUUGAUGUUCUUCAACAAAACAGAAGAUGAUAUACUUUGGAGAAGUCAGCUAGAACAAUUAGCCCAUAAUGAUGCAAGGUUUCAUAUUCAGUUUGUUCUUUCGGAGCCAAAGAUAGGAUGGACCGGCAAACAAGGAAAAAUUUCUACCUCUUUCCUUUCUGAAUUUGUGGAAAGAAAUAAAGUUGAUUCUAAGAUAUUAAUAUGUAUCUGUGGUCCAUUAUCUUUCAUGGAACAAGGAAUACAAUUAUUGCAAGAUCUUGGACACUCCAGUAAAGAAAUACAUUGUUUUACAGCCUAAAAAUGCAAUACUAGGACUCCACUUAGCGCACUUCACUAAUAAAGUACUUUUUUCAAUUGGAAUCCUGAAAGAAAGUGUUAUGCAUGAAUACUGUAUUCUUUUCAAUUACUUGAACUCCCAUUUUUUCUGGGAGACAAUUUUAUAUUUUGCUUUGAAAUGGUAUUUAUUUUUGCUACUAUGUAAAACUUAAAUUUUAGAAGUAAAUAAGUUAGCACAGCUCAUGCAUGUUGAAUCGAUUUGCAUUCUUACCUCCAUCUGAUAUAAUUUAGUAGCAUUGGUUGCACUGAUUCCUUUGGCUAUCUAGGCACUAGAGACCUUUUUUUAAAAUUACAGUAUAUCCUCAUUGCUGUCAAAUGUUUUGUUACUGUAGCAAUAUAGUAUGAAGUUAAGUUUCAUGGUUAAACUCAGGAAUAUGAUUGGUUUCAGUACAGUCUUACUGAUGUCAUAAAGCUGUUGUAUUGUAAAUGAGAAGUGUGUGUGUUCUUACAGAUCAUAUAAGGUAUAUUCAUUUUAUAAUCAAAAUUACUUUUUGUAUAAGACUGAUGAAAACAAGAGACUGUUGUAUUAAAAUAAAAUAUAUGUAUUAACUAUUUAUCCCAGUGAUGGUGAAACGUUUAGGAUCCAAGUGCCCAAACUAAAAGACAUUCCAGAACCAGGUGUUACCCAGUGCCAGGGGCAGGACUGCUGAGGGGAUGGGACUUCCACCUUCUCCCCCCUCCCAGCCGCCUCUCUAGAGGCAGCUGGUUGCCUGGGAUGGCCAGGAAGAGGAGGAACAGGUGUGCACCUGUUCUUCCUCUUCCCUGCCCUCUGCGUGCCCUGAAAAAUUGCUUUGUGUGUCAUCUCUUGCACAUGUGCCAUAGCUUCACUACCAUGGACUUAUCCCUUUACAUUGUCCUGUCAAAUUCCUUGAGAUAACCAUGUAUAAUUAAAAUCACUUGCCACUAUCUUGCUCUUGAAAGGUGAGAAAAUAGUUGUCCCUAUUUUAAGUUAACAGUGGUCCCAAAGUGCUGCUGCUUUUUGAGACCUUAAUUUUAGGCCUUUUCUAUUUAAUUAUUGAAAACAUCUUCCCACACCUAUCUCCUUCAACAUGAAGUAUCUAAAGCAUUGCAUAACACUGCCAAGAAUGGUUUUAAAAACACUACAGUCCAAGAGACAGGAAGUAACUGAUGACAGUCAGCAGUACCUGAUGCACAAAAUUUCAGCAGAUAUACAGUAGAAGCGCCAGGUUGUGGAGGUUCCUGUGACUUGAACAGAUAUUAGCCCCAGUGGAAGUGAUCAUGUCUCGGUCCAUCAGGUACAGAGGGCAAAAAAGAGGGCUGGGGAAACCAGUGAGACCAAGGGGUUCUCAUGCCAGUUCGUGGCCUUGAUUCUGCCUGCCAUAGUCAUGUGGAGCCUGACCGACUGUGUGUGGGGGGGGGGGGAUACAGCUCUUGAUGGGAAAGAAAGUUGCCCAACCCCAGGGAGGUGCUGGAGAUGCAUACAGUACCAGGUGACACUCCAGUAAAGAAAUAUAUUGUUUUACAACCUGAAAAUGCAAUAUUAGGACUUUGCUUAGCACACUUCAUUAAUAAAGUUUCUUUUUUAAAAACUGGAAUUCUGAAAGAAAGUGUUAUGCAUCAAUAUUGUAUUCUUUUGAAUUAUUUGAACUUCCAUCUUUUCUGGGGGACAAUUUUAUAUUGUGCAUUGAAAUGGUAUUUAUUUUUGCUACAAUGUAAAACUUAAAUUUUAGAAGUAAAUAAGUUAGCACAUCGCGUGUGUGUUGAGUAGAUUUGCAUUCUUACUUCCAUCAGAUAAGAUUCAGUAGCAUCUGUUGCAGUGAUUCCUUUGUCUGUAUAGGCACCAAAGGUGAUACCAAAACAACUGUAUAACAUUUUUGUGUAGUCUGGGGCAGUCAGAGCCACUCCAGCCACUGCCUCAGUCAUGCCAUCAGGGUGAUGCUGAAGUGGCCCCAUACCAAACAGGCUGAAGGAAG